AUGUGCCUGAAWAGCUGCGACUUUCUUCUUGCAUUGAAAACAAAAGGGAAUGUGUUAGAAGGCAAAAACACCAUCACAGACAAACCAGGGGUCCCUGUUGAAGUGACCAAGAAUGUCACAAGUAUUACAUUGUCAUGGAAACCAGCCAAUACCAGCGAAGGAAAUGUUGUUUACAUGUUAAAAGAAAGGAUAUCAGGGGAUUUUAAUGUMAGGUCGUCAGACUUCUCGAAACUGGUAUUUUUCCAAGCCAAAGCUGUCCUMAGUGUUAAGCAAGUCUGUAUGUUUGCACCAAGGUUCAGGUUUAAGUUUAAUGGGAUUAAGUUCUAUUUCACUGCAGUAGCAYUGACUGAAAACAGCAGUAUUGUUGCAAGCUCAGAGUCAUCGGMAAUAGAGAUGACUAGGCCAAAUCCAGUAGUCCAUAUUGCCAAUCCAAGKUUUCGGUAUAAUCCCAGACCAUUUGGUGAUAAACUACGAUUAACAACUACCGUKGAACCAUCUUCAGCACAAGAGCACUUGAUUACCCAGUAUGGAAUGACAUGGAUUUCAGCCUUCUGUCAACCUUUCGCUCCUCCACGAUCAGUGACGUCAUCAGCUAAAGUUUACGCGUUAAUAGAGUGCAUUCCUAGUCUUCCUGCUACUUUAAAGUACAGAUAUAAAGUCGAUCCUCCGCCAACACCAGACACUGCAAGAGCAGUGCGUAAUCUCACCCACUCUCCUCCGCAAAUCACCGACGACUUCCGUGUCAACACUACAUUCUUUUGGGCACCCCCUACUUUCCCUUUUGGACAAGUCACACGGUAUAGAGUAGCAUAUGGUGAUGUAAAUCGUCGUUUCCUUGGAAGGAUUUGGCUUCCGACAAUAGUAAUUUCGACAUCAACAUCAUAUAUGAUAACCAUGAUAUCGCACAAUGAAGCAUUCACGAUAGAGAUUGAACCGACGUAUGCGUUUGGCUGGAUUAAACCAAAUAUCGUCAAACUAAACCUCAAAGCACCAGCUCCUGAUGUACAAGACGUGAUUGUCCGUAACUUACAGCUCAACGGCUACACCUUUAACAAGCAUGACCGUACAUUUACUGUUAAGUUUACUUGGAACGCGCCCAAGUUUGCCGUAUACAAAACAGUUGAUCACUACGAGAUCGCAUUUCAUCUUGUUGGUCCUCAUGCACAUCAUGUUCAUUGUCCAUCGUUUGGGAAUCGUCAAUCAUGCCCUGCAGUAGUAACGAACUUGACAAGUUACCUGAUACCGAAAGUCGCUCCUUCGCAGUACACCAUCAUAGCGGUAAAACCAGUUUUUAAGAAUUCUUUUGUCGGAGGAUUUAGCAAAGCAAUAUCAAUUGAGCCUCUAGAGUUCACAUGUCAAGGCAAAAGGCCUGGGAUCUACGAGGAUCCUCUAGACUNGACAUCAACAUCAUAUAUGAUAACCAUGAUAUCGCACAAUGAAGCAUUCACGAUAGAGAUUGAACCGACGUAUGCGUUUGGCUGGAUUAAACCAAAUAUCGUCAAACUAAACCUCAAAGCACCAGCUCCUGAUGUACAAGACGUCAUUGUCCGUAACUUACAGCUCAACGGCUACACCUUUAACAAGCAUGACCGUACAUUUACUGUUAAGUUUACUUGGAACGCGCCCAAGUUUGCCGUAUACAAAACUGUUGAUCACUACGAGAUCGCAUUUCAUCUUAUUGGUCCUUAUGCGCAUCAUGUACAUUGUCCAUCGUUUGGGAAUCGUCAAUCAUGCCCUGCAGUAGUAACGAACUUGACAAGUUACCUGAUACCGAAAGUCGCUCCUUCGCAGUACACCAUCAUAGCGGUAAAACCAGUUUUUAAGAAUUCGUUUGCUGGAGGAUUUAGCAAAGCAAUAUCAAUUGAGCCUCUAGAGUUCACAUGUCAAGGCAAAAGGCCUGGGUUCUACGAGGAUCCUCUAGACUGUACCGCCUAUUAUCAUUGUGGACAUCAUGGACAAAUCAAUCACUUUCACUGUCAGGCGGGAUUGUACUGGAAUAGUACAAUAUUGGCAUGUGAUUGGAUGAGAAAUGGAAAAUGCAAACAUCACAUUGUAUUAUUUUCCUGUCAAGAUAAGCCCAACGGCUAUUAUCCAGACCCUGAAAGCUGUCAGUCAUUUUACCAAUGYUAUGAACACCACGCCUACUGGGAAUCAUGUCCGGGYGAACUCUACUGGAACCAGAAUACAAACAAGUGCGACUGGCCAAAUAACGUUGAUUGUGAAGGGGAUGAACUUCACAAGACAACUGAUUCUGAGAUCUCUUAGGCAGUACAUCUCAUCUAAAAGACAGUCAAGAUAUACCAAUCCCAUCCAUCCAGAUAUAACAGGAAAAAUGACAUGUUGUAAAAUAAAAGAAAA